UUGAUAUUGAGAAUGUCAAAGAUUUAUUACUUGUCGUGAAUGAUAAUAAGGAGAAGGGUAAGACGAAACCCAUCCCAUAUUUUGGGUUCAUCACACUCGCUUUGGAAAAGUUAAAUUCCACCGUGCCAGCUAUCAUAGACCGAUCCGCCAAUGACACGACUCGUGUCGGUUCAAGGAAUAAUAGUGUUUCGGGCAGUGUGAUAAAUUUUGAAAAAUACUGGAGAAUGUAUGAUACUAUCGUCGACCCCCUCGCUCAGUGGCAACAAGCUGGAAAUUUCAAUGAGAUCAGUGAAGAUUCUUGUCCUUUUUCACCUUCCUCUCCUAUGCAAAAAUAUUUUCAUCAAUUGAAUUCCGUUCCUACUUCUUCAACCCUUGACACUUGGCAGUUAUUUGAUUCUUCUUUGAGUUGCGAACCAAUACUUCAUGGUCAAUAUUUGGAACAUCAUGCUCGUCAACGAAAAUCUCAUUCUACAUAUUAUCCUUUGGUAUUCACCGAAGUUAUACCGACGAAUCGAUUGUUCAAAAAAAGUGCUUUCUUAAACGCUAGUGGAACUUUAGGGAAGAGGAAUUCUAAUUCUUCAUUAAACCUCGGGGAUACGAAUCCUGCAGUGUCAUCACCUGUACGUUCCAACAUCUCUGGACCCACAACCCUCAAUAUGGACGCGCUACCGGCCUCAACCUCUGGUAAACCGAACUCUCCAAGUCAUCUUUCGGUACAUCCUUUACGUGGUAAUGUUAGGAAGAGGACUCUAUCCUUCCCAUUGGCCAGAAUAGGUCCCCUGACUUCCACCACUUGGAAUACCGGGUUGGACCUUGUCACGAGAAAUUGGUUGGGCGGACUUGUUCAACAUCGCGGAGGUUACACGGUUUUGUUGAAAUGUAUGAAAGAUAUUGCGGGCGUUGGUGAGAUGUUAAUGUUUGUAAAAGAUGGGGAGUUGGUCUUCAAGUCCGUUAGGGAUGCUACCGGGUCUCGUCCUGCAAGUCUGGUGGAAAGUUCUUCCGGAACAGGUUCUAAGCGCAAUUCUACUCAUGGUCUCCUUGCUUUAACUCAACAACAGAAUUCACCACGCACGAGUAUACACGCAAACAGUGAUCACGACGCUCUUAUGGUGGUUGUUAAAGCCGGAACUUUGGAACGUCUGGUGGACGUUUUGAUCAAUGGCGUCGCAUCUUAUAGCACAAGCAUCUACGAUGAUAAUGGCGAACCACCCUUAACGAUCGGAAAACAAGGACAGCUCGGAAUUAAUUCAGAAGAAUAUUUCGCAACUUUCUUUAGCACGUAUCGUAGCUUUUGUGGUCCUAUCUUGCUUCUUGACAUCUUACGAAAACGGUUCAUUAACGCCAAGAAAGUGUCAAAAGAAAUCUACGAAUCUCAAGAUCAAAUCGAAGUAUCACCUAGCCUGACGCUAUUUAAUUAUUGGAUUUCGGAAUUCUUUUAUGAUUUCUUGGAUGACUUGACUUUGAGAAAUCGUUUAAUGCAUUUCAUUAAUGAAGCAAAAACUGAAGUGAACAUUUGGUCUGAACUCGUCACGGAGGAGCCUGUAGCAAUCCUAGCUGGGGAGAUUAAAGAAUUUUUAACAUCAUUGAAAAGUUUGGUCACGAUAAAGAGCCUUGAACCGGCAUACGACUUUCCUGAUGAAAAGAUGAUUCGUUUUGUAAAUAAAGUGUUUAGUAAUCCACGUCAAUUAUCGUCCGAAGAGAAUGAUAACAAACCGACGGAAAGUGAUGACAAUUUUGAUAUCCCUUCAUUAGAUAAUAAUGCCGCUUCCGAUCUUUUGGAUAGUUUUGAUUUAACCGUGCUUGGAUUGUUUGAAGUGGUAACACCGCAAGAAUGGAUUUUAGCUUAUGAAAUCCUGGAAACUCAAUCUGCAGACGUCCUUGGCUGGUAUCCGAAAAAGCAAUCUCUUUGGGUUUCAGAAGAUGAAAUCCUUAUCACGGACAUAUUCAUAACCAUACAACAGACAGAACGAAACGGCAACCCUAAAGAGUAUAUCCUUAACUCACUUCCUCGAUCCAUUCAAACCUUGUGUCGUAUGCAUUACACCAUACGUAACUGGGUAAUUCAAGAAAUCACUUCAACAUCUAUCGAAAGUGAGAGACGUGGGAAGCGAAUAACCAAAUUGCUUGAUAUGAUAUUGUUAAGUCGGAAGAGAAUGGAAAAAUUAGACAUUUAUCCCAAAGACGAAACUGCAAAGCAAGAAUUUGAACAUAAAAGAGGAGUUCCCUCCCUUGUUGAGAGCUCAAUAGUUAGCGGUUUGAUUAGUCCAGAGAGUAGGUUAUUCACGAGGGCCUGGAACGAUGUAGCACAUAGUCGAAAAGGUGGACUGGAUACACUUGACACUUUACUUCAGAUCGAUUCACUAAACCUUGUCGAAGAAGAUUUACAUUCCAAUUUCGCUUUAGUACCAUGCGUCGGUUGGUUAUUUGAAAGGAUGUUGGAAAUUUGUUGUAACGUUCCUGAUAUGUCUUUUGAAUCAGAAAAGUUGAUCAAUUAUGAUAAACGUCGUUACGUAUAUAAUUUGACGCAAAUAUUUAUUCGACUACAACGUGAGUUGAUGGAACGAUCUCAUGAAAGAAAGCCUUCCGUCGAUGUUGGAUUCUUGACAAAUUCACACAGUAUCACUUCCAAGCCGGACCUCCGCUCUAUUAAGGACCAUUCUUACAAGGAGAAUAACGCGAAUGCAACACAAAGAACAACCAAGGUUCCAAAACCGUUUAAUAGACUUGUCGUUGAGCAGCAGGAUAAGAUUAGACGCGACCAUAAAGAAAGAGAUCGUUUGGCCAAAGAUAUACGUGACACUCAGAACAAAUUACAAAAGAAACAAAAUGAACUUGAAAAGCGGUCCAGAACACAUCAAAGACCACGUAAUAAGUCUAGGGUUGAAACCUUUAUUAAACAGGUUGCACGACCCAUCUCUAUUGCUUUGGCAAAUACUUGGCAUUCUGGAAAUUCCACGAACAUUAGAAACGCACCUGGAAAAUCUCAUCACUCGUCUUCUAAAGUCGCACUCGUUAUCAAUUUAAUUAACUCUGAGGCUUCUCCUGAUUAUGGCAUCACACUUGAUUUCGUUUUUCGAAUUGUAACCGAGGAAGGAGGACAAUAUUUAUUCCAAGCUAUCGAUAAUGACAUUAUGAAUGACUGGAUACGAGUUCUCAAUGAAGCGGCCAUAUCAGGGGCGGAAAAACGUAAAACGAUAUUAAAUAAGGAACCAACCAUUGAACCCAAGGAGGAUGAUGUUCCCGAAGAUACCAAAACGCGAAUCUCUGUAUAUGGUAAGGAUUUAGAAACAUUGAUGCCCGAUGGCAAGAUUCCAGUUUUGGUUGAAAAAUGUAUAACCGAAAUUGAAAAGAGAGGUCUUACGGAAGUUGGUAUUUAUCGAAUUUCCGGAGCUACCAACGCUAUUGAGAACCUUCGUACAGCUUUCAACAAGAAUGCCGAUGCUGUCGAUUUGAGUGGUGAAGAGUACAGAGACAUUAAUAUCAUAGCAAGUGCUCUCAAACUCUUCUUCCGUGUUCUUCCUGAACCUAUAAUAACUUAUGAAUUAUACGACGCUUUCGUCGAGGCCGACGGCAUUAAAGAUCAUGAUGAAAAGCACUAUUCUAUUAAGGAACUUUUGAAUAAACUUCCCAAACCGAAUUAUGAGUUAUUGAAAAGAUUAAUUGAACAUUUGGAAAGGGUAACGGAUUUUCAGGAGCUCAACCAUAUGUACGCAAGUAAUUUGGCUAUUGUUUUUGGACCCAAUUUACUCAAAGCUAAAGAUUAUGGAAAAAGCAUGUGCAAUAUAGGUCAUCAUAAUAGCAUCGUCAAAUGUUUGAUUCUUCAAUAUCAUUGGUUCUUUAAUGUAGAAGAGGAAGAGGCAUCUGAAGUCGAGUAUCAAGAUGAUGAUCUUUUGGACGAUCCAGAUAUCGAAACUAGUGAACCUGACGGGGGAAAUAUGACGGAUGAUGUUUCAUCAUUUGAAAAUUCUUCAGGGAACGACGGUACAUGGCAAACGAGCGAGACGAAUUACGAUGAACCUAGUAAUUUAAAUAAUGAAUCCGGAAGACGUUCAAUCAAAGAAGAACAUGUUGAAUGCACGCAAGAAAAUUUACAAGAUCCUAUAGAGGAAUCAUCUAAGCAAGGUUCCGAUUCAGAACAACAGCAAAUCAAUAAUAAGCAUAAUUACGUUGAGGACACGAACAACAGAGAUUCAAUACUAACGAAUGUAACAGAGGAUCUAGAAGGUGAAUUGGAGGAAUCAUUGAAGGGACCGGAGGAGAAUACGAUACAUGAGCAACAUGAGGUACCUUUAAAACGUUCAGAUGUAACUUUUGAAGCGAGUCACCGUGAUUCUGAUUUUACGAAUGUAACAGGGAAACCAGAAAAUGAAUCGAUAGCGGCACUAGUGGAAAAGGAAGAUUCAAAAGAACAAGAGGUUAACAAUUAUUUACAAAACUUUAGUGAAACAGACUGGAGUUUCAUUGACAACUUGGCAACAAAUGCAACUAAAGAUUCCAAAAGAAAAUCCAGGUAUUCGAAAAUGUUUCUGGGUAAACGAAUUUCUAAUGCGGAUGAAAUGAAUCUUAUAGAUUUUGAUUCCGAUUAUGAAACAUUGCAAGAUGAGGCUAAAGGUUCGAAUGAUUUUAGUGAACAUUUAAUGGAUUAUAUUGACAAUUAUAAAGAGCAUAACUCCAAUCUAGAUAUACCGCUGCAACCAGAACAAUUUGUACGUCAAGAUAAAAGUGGGUCGGAUGAUGUUGAAAUUUUGAAUCGAACUUCCGUUACCAAUCAUAAUUUAGACGGAUCGAGUUUAUGA